AUGAAUCAGAAACAACAUGUUGAAGUUUUCAUUAUGAAACAAUCUAAUCAAGCCAAACAAGAAUAUAAAACUCAUCUUACAGCAACAAUUGAUUGUGUUCAAUUCCUUUUACGUAAAGGAUUGGCUCUUCGUAGACAUGAUGAGUUUGAUGAUUCUCGUAAUCAAGGUAACUUUAUAGAACUCUUGCAGUUUCUUGAAUAUCAUAAUGAAAUUGUUAAUAAAGUUCUUCAAAAUACUCGUGACAAUCUUAAUCUAGUAGCAUCGAAUAUACAAAAAUAUAUUGUUAGUGUUGCUGCUAGUGAGACUACUUGUGCAAUUAUUGAUGAGCUUAUGCUCUCAGAAGUGUGUUUGCAACUCAUGGAUUAUGUUUUUCCAAGAAUAGGAGGACGAGGUUAUGACGGGACAACAUUUCUUGUUGUUGCUGAAAAACAAGUUGAAGUUGCCUUUCUUUUUAAUAUGGUUGCUAGUGUGGUCAACGUGGUUAGUGCUUCUUGUAAGAGAAAAGAAAUUCUUCAAUCUAGUCAAGUGAUUAAGAAAUGGUUGAGGAAGAUGGAACACACUCAGAGCAAAGAGUCAAAGCUUGUAUGUUAUUGA